AUGGCUUCUACGGCGGACUCCUCCAACAUGGAUCAGCAGGUCGACCUUUCUACUAUCCCCAUCUCCCCCGAUGGCGAUCGCACCGCCGCCGAGGGUUCUAAGGAUAGUGGCAAGCUGGUAACCAUUUUCCACGACAAGGAAAACUUUAAUGUUAAGCACCAACUGCAAAACAAGUGGACUUUGUGGUUCACCAAGCCGCCCAGCGGCAAGGGUGAGAAUUGGAACGACCUGCUGAAGAAGGUUAUCACCUUUGACUCCGUUGAGGAGUUCUGGGGCAUCUACAAUAAUAUUGUCCCGGUUUCCGAGCUUUCGCUGAAGGCCGACUACCACCUUUUCAAGGAGGGUGUCCGCCCCGAGUGGGAGGACCCCCAGAACAAGCACGGCGGCAAGUGGUCGUAUCAAUACAAGGAUAAACGAAACGUUGACAUCGACUCCCUGUGGCUCCAUGUCAUGCUGGCCGCUAUUGGAGAGACUCUCGAAGAGGAGGAUGACGGCGAGGUCAUGGGCGUCGUCGUUAACGUGCGUAAGGGCUUCUACCGUAUUGGCGUGUGGACCCGCACGAUAGGGAAGCACAUCCCGAACCGCGGAGAUGGUGACAUCGCCGGCGGCAAGGGUAGGUCUCCAGCCAAGGGCCAGGAGGUCCUUCUGUCUAUUGGCCGCAGGUUCAAGGAGAUUCUGAAGCUUCCUAACACUGAGGCUGUCGAGUUCUCCGGUCACACGGACAGCGCACACAGCGGUAGUACUCGGGCAAAGGCCAAGUUCACUGUCUAA